UGCAGUUCAUCACUGGUACCCCUUGCUUGCGGACUGAGAGUCCAGCCUCUUUGCACCAGGAUUGAUGCCUCUGGUGGCUUUUUGGUGAGCGGGACGCGACAGGACAGCAGGACAUCAGCUUUGGCCUAUGGGAAUACUCAACUUCUCACCAUAAGAGAGAAAUCACACAAUAAUCAGAUUUGAAAUAAAGGGAUUAACCGUACCAACACCUCCAAAGAAACCAUAUUUCUCUGCUCUUCUCCACGGGCGUAGCCUUUUCCCAAGAUUUUAUAGGCAACCAUGUCCAGGAGAAAGGUGAGAGGCCUGACCCGUACAGGUCGUCAGGUCAGCGAGGACCCAGACCUGGACAACCUGCUGUCCACCCUCUCCCCUGAGGAGAUGGAGGAGCUGGAGAAAGACAUGAUGAAAGUGCCAGACCUCAAGCCAGAGGAUGGGAAGAUCCUUGUCGCAGGGGAGAGCCAAGCUGCGCAGCCACCUACGAGCAACAAUGUCCAGGACGCUAAACUGGACAGCAGACGAGAGAGUGACCGUAAAGGGAGGCUCAGCGAGAGGGAACAGUCAUUUGAGGGUGAGACUAAGAAGGAAAGCCGGAAGCAGGAAUACCUGAGGAAGAUGGGCCUGAGCCAGGAGGGGAACGACGACGUGACAGUCGGAUUACGAAGACAAGGUAGUGUCUCAAAUGAAAAAGAUACUAAGGUGGCCGACAGACACAGCAAAGGUCCAGAAAGUUCGAGAGAGGAGCGGAGUCGGCUUUCAAGCAGAUUCAGGAAGCAGGAGAACAGAGAGAGUGACGUGAAAGAGGAGACCAAGGAGAAACUUGAGGACAAUAAGAUAAGAGACAGAAGAGAAAACAGAGAGAGCACAGGCAGCAAAACAAAGGAUAUGAUCUCCAAGUUACAGGAAAAGAAGGACGACAGCAAAGACAGGAAAGAUGACAGCAGGAGAAGAGAUGAAGGCAAAACCAAAGACAUUAUCUCAAAGCUACGUGAAAAACAAGAGAAGGAUGUGAGCAAGGAAAAGGAGAGAAAAUCUGAGAGUUUCAGGACGCAAGGACUUGUCUCUAAGAUGCUGGAGAAACAGAGCAAGGCACAAGAAAGUCCGGCUCCGGAGAGUAAAUCUGAAGAGAAGAAGCCUAAAACAGAGGAGAAAAAAGCUGAAGAUAAAAAGCCUGAUGUCAAACUUGAGCGACAAUCAUCAGUGAGGGGUGAGGUGCAGGUGAAACACGACAAAGCGGAGAAGAGAACAGAUAGAGAGGAGCUGGUGAAUCAUAGUGACCACGUGAAGGAGAAGGAGAAGAAAGUCGAGGACAGAAAGGAAAAAGAGGAGAGUAAAGGAAAAGUUAAAAAACCUGAGGAAACUGAGAAACUUGGCAACUGUGUGGCCAAAAACACCCCAAACAGCAAGGCGAAAGAGGAAGAGGAGGAGGACGAAGACUCAAGCAUGUUUGAUGAGCUGAUGGAGCAGGUUCGCAGCAACGACCCUUCCCUCACUGAGCUCAACGUCAACAACUCAGAGGUCAUCAAGAUCAAAACGCUCAUAGAGUUUGCGGAGGCUUUGCACAAGAACACCAACAUUAAGAAGUUUGCCUUGGCUAACUGCCGUGCGGACGACCACGUAGCUUACGCUAUCGCAGGCAUGCUUCGCAACAACAAGACUCUCACUAGCCUCAACAUAGACUCCAACCAUCUCACUGGCAAAGGCAUCCUGGCUCUGAUCCAGGCGCUGCCACACAACUCCACACUGACUGAGCUUCGCUUUCAAAACCAACGUCACAUCUGCGGCGGGAAGACGGAGAUGGAAAUGACCAAGAUCCUGAAAGAGAACACAACCCUGCUCAAACUGGGCUACCACUUUGAGUUAGCCGGACCCAGGAUGACUACGACGAACAUACUGAGUCGCAACAUGGACCGACAGAGGCAGAAGCGCCUGCAGGAGCAGAAGCUGGCCCAGGCCAAUGGGGAGAAGAAGGAGACGCUGGAGGUACCCAAAGUGGGUGGCGGAGGAUCUCUCAGAGGCUCGCCCAAAGCUUCCCCUAAACCUUCCCCCAUACCAUCACCUAUGCCAUCACCAAAGCUGACGCCUAAAAGAGGAGCUGGAGGUCCACCACCACCUCCGCCUCCUCCUGGGGGUGGACCUCCACCUCCUCCGCCUCCCAUGCUGGAUGUAGACGCCCUGAAGAACUCUCUGACCCCGGUGUCGCAGAGGAAGCUGGAUGGGAAAGGCCCAGCCGGUAGUAAGAACUCAAGGGACCAACUGCUUGCCUCGAUCAGAGGAAGCGACAAGAAACAACUCAAGAAGGUGCCGGUGCCAAAGUGGUUGCAGUAAAUUUUCCUGUUGGAAUAUGACGUGAUAAAGAAGACAAAGGGACAUUUCACCACAGGUUGUCAAGGAGACAAACUGUCCCUCGGAUGCAGUCGGAGAACUGCGCUGUGGGACGGACGGAGAAAGUGAAACAUGAGACCGGUUGGAUGACUAGCCCUCACUAUGAGUUCUCCCCUCAAACACUGGACCAAAAGGACUCUGUGGAGAAUGAGUGAUGCGGGGCUCUCUAUUAGCCGACCGCGGAGAGUGCCAUGAGUUUUGUGAUUGUUUGUCUUCAGUACAUAUUGACGCUUUUUGCACUAGAUAACAUGAAGCCGAUCAUAUAACAUGUCGUGUAUGCAUCUGAAUGUGAGCGUGGUGGGAGUGUGAGCUUAUUAAUAAGAAGAUAUUCAAAUAACUCUUUAUAAAACUCUAAUAUACAAAAAAAAGUUUAUCAGUGAUAUAGUGGACAUUAAUUUGACCAUUUAUUUAUUUGUGGAGAGGGAAUCCACCUUAUACUUGUAAAUCUGCUCAAACUGGGAAUUCUGAAAUGGCGGAAAUAUCAGGGAAUUAACAAACAUGGCGGCCUGACUUAAAAACAAACAAA